AUGGCACCGCGGCGCAAGGCUUCUUCUGUCCCUGAGGGUUACAAGGAAGAUCACUCCAAAGGAGCGAUGCUCCGAUUCGAAGACUCGCUCCCCCGCCUACCGGUCCCAACAUUGGAAGAGACAGGUCGUCGGUACCUAAAGUCCGUUCAUGCCGUUGUAUCCGAGGCCGAGUACGAACACACCAAGAAGGCUGUCGAAGAGUUCAUUCGCCCUGGAGGCGCAGGCCAGACUCUGCAAGAACGGCUUCUUGCUCGCGCUGCGGACCCCAACACCAAGAACUGGCUCACCGAGUGGUGGAACAACGCUGCUUACCUCGGCUACCGGGACCCCGUGAUUCCAUACGUCUCUUACUUUUACUCCUACCGCGAUGACCGUGCCCGCCGGGACCCCGUUAAGCGCGCUGCUGCUAUUACUACUGCGGCGCUUGAGUUUAAGAGUCAGGUGGAUGAUGGCUCUAUCGAGCCCGAGUACCUCCGCAAGAUUCCUCAGGCUAUGGGCUCGUACCAGUACAUGUUCAACUGCUGCCGCAUUCCCGCCGACCCUGCGGAUUACCCUCAGAAGUAUGCUGCUAAGGAGAACCAGCAUAUUGUGGUUGUCCGCAAGAACCAGUUUUUCAAGGUGCCUCUGGUUAUUAACGGCCGUCCGCUCAACGUAUCGGAGCUGGAGCAGCAAUUUGAGCGCAUUUACAAGAUUGCGCAGAAGGUCCCGCCCGUUGGUGUCCUGACUGUUGCAAACCGUGACCACUGGACUGCCGCCCGCAAAAAACUCCUGGAGGCUCACCCGGCCAACGCCGAUGCCCUGCGGGAGAUUGAGUCUAGUGGGUUCCUUGUCUGUCUCGAUGAUGCGAGCCCCGUGACCCUGGAGGAGCGUGCGGAGCAAUACUGGCACGGUGACGGCCACAACCGUUGGUUUGAUAAGCCCUUGCAGUUCAUCGUCAACGAGAACGGUACCGCCGGCUUUAUGGGUGAGCACAGCAUGAUGGACGGUAGCCCGACCCACCGUCUCAACGACCACCUCAACGCCCUCAUCUUCAACAACAAGAUCGAUCUUUCUGCGAAGUCCGUUCGCUCUGACCUGCCCGACCCCCGUCCCAUCAACUUCCACCUGAACGAAGAAACCCUCGAAGCGAUUGACGCAGCGGCCAAGGAACACCGCCAGCAGAUUGCCGCACACGAACUGCGCGUCCAAGCCUACCAAGGCUAUGGCAAGGGCCUGAUUAAGAAGUUUAAGUGCAGUCCCGACGCCUACGUGCAGAUGAUCAUCCAGCUGGCCUACUUCAAGAUGUAUGGCAAGAACCGCCCAACCUACGAGUCUGCCUCGACCCGCAAGUUCGCCGAGGGUCGCACAGAGACCAUCCGCACUGUCUCCGACGACAGCGUCGCCUUCUGCAAGGCCAUCACAGAUGCAUCUGUCCCGCGCGAGGAAGCCGUCCGUCUUUUCCGCACUGCCCUCGCCGCGCACUCCAAGUACACUGCUGAAGCUAGCGAUGGCAAGGGCGUCGACCGCCACCUCUUCGGUCUGAAGAAGCUCCUCCGUGAGGGCGAGCCUCUGCCUUCCAUCUACUCGGACCCGGCCUUUGCCUACAGCGGGUCCUGGUACCUAUCUACUUCACAGCUGAGCUCAGAGUUCUUCAACGGCUACGGAUGGAGUCAGGUUAUCGAUGACGGGUUUGGAAUUGCGUAUAUGAUUAAUGAGAACAGCCUCAACUUCAACAUCGUCUGCAAGCGCAUCGGCGCUGAGCGCAUGAGCUACUACCUCAACGAGGCUGCGGGUGACAUCCGCGACAUGCUGAUGCCCGAUCUUGCUGCCGAGGCUGAGAAGGCGAAGCUGUAG